AUGGCAUCAAUGGGAACUCCUGCGGUUGUCAUGGACAAUGGGACCGGGUUAACUAAAUUAGGAUUCGCAGGUAACGAUUCUCCUUCCUUCAUUUUCCCCACAGCUAUUGCCACUUCCACAAUUGCUGGUAAGACUUCCAAAUCAGCUGCCAAAACCUCCUUUUUAGCUUCUAAAAGAGGUUUGGAAGAUUUGGAUUUCUUUAUUGGUGAUGAAGCCAUCAAUGCUGCCAAUGGGGCCAACUACAGUUUAUCCUACCCCAUUAAACAUGGUCAAGUUGAAAAUUGGGAUCAUAUGGAAAGAUUUUGGGAAAACAGUAUCUUUAAAUAUUUAAGAUGUGAACCAGAAGAUCAUUAUUUCUUAUUAACUGAACCUCCAUUGAAUCCUCCGGAGAAUAGGGAGAACACUGCCGAAAUCAUGUUUGAAAGUUUCAAUUGUGCUGGAUUAUAUAUUGCUGUUCAAGCAGUUUUAGCAUUAGCAGCCUCUUGGACUUCAUCUAAAGUUAAAGAUAGAUCAUUAACUGGUACUGUUAUUGAUUCUGGUGAUGGGGUAACUCAUGUGAUUCCUGUUGCCGAAGGAUAUGUCAUUGGAGGAGCCAUUAAAAACAUUCCAUUGGCUGGUAGAGAUAUAACUUUAUUCAUUCAAUCAUUAUUAAGAGAUAGAGGUGAACCCGAUACUUCCUUACAAACUGCCGAAAAGAUUAAACAACAAUUUUGUUAUGUUUGUCCUGAUAUAGUUAAAGAAUUUAGUAAAUUUGAUCAAUAUCCUCAAGAGAAAUUCGCCCAAUAUAUCGUUGAAUACACCGAUAAGAAUAAAACCAAUACUGUUGAUGUUGGAUAUGAAAGAUUUUUAGCUCCAGAGAUUUUCUUCAACCCGGAAAUUUGUUCAUCGGAUUAUUUAACUCCUUUACCAACAGUAGUUGAUCAAGUAAUUCAAGCUUCACCUAUUGAUGUUCGUAAGAAAUUAUAUAAGAACAUUGUAUUAUCGGGAGGGUCAACUAUGUUUAAAGAUUUUGGUAGAAGAUUACAAAGAGAUUUAAAGACUUUAGCUAAUGAAAGAAUAGAAUUAAGUGAAAGAUUAAGUGGAGUUAAAAGUACUGGUGUUGAUGUUCAAGUUAUCAGUCAUAAGAAACAAAGAAAUGCUGUGUGGUUCGGUGGAAGUUUAUUAGCACAAACCUCUGAAUUCAAGAGUUAUUGUUAUACAAAACAAGAUUAUGAUGAAUAUGGUCCAAGUAUUGUUAGAAACUUUUCAUUAUUUUCCGUACCAUAA